UAAUCUAUUAAGUUAUAAUGAGAUUCCAAAUUGAAGAAGUUAAACUAAGAAAAAUCAAAUAACAUAAUGAAACUUUUAACAGGCUCUCAUCAAUCGCCAAAUAAACGAAAAUUUCAAAAGUAUUUGAUUAAGUUUAAAACAUCGAUUUGUGUUUUACUUUAUAUUGCCGGAAUUGUAUACUUUUGUUCGCUUGCUCAUCCAUCACGAAAUAAUGCAACAUAUUUUUCCGAAAAUGCACUUUUGCCGGGUUUGGUAAAUUCUGAAAUGCGCAUGGAGCAUACACAUUUUGCUGUUAAAUUGUAUGAUGAUUUGGAGCGUGAACGAGAAAAACACAAAAAUACCAUACCUACGGCAUGGAUACUUGCGAAAUUCAGACAAAUCGGACUCGAAGCAUAUGUUCACAAUUUCACACUGAAUUACCCACUGGGCGGUGGACGUUCUUUUAGUGGUAAAAAUGUGUAUGGCAUUCUUCGAGCUCCACGAAUCGGUUCAACCGAAGCCAUCGUAAUAUCUGCAGCAUACCGAACACCAGAAUCAAUUCAUCCCGUCGUUAUGGCCAGUGUGCCGGUUUUAAUGUCUUUUGCAAAUUUUGCACGAAGACAAAAAUACUGGGCUAAAGAUAUCAUUUUCCUUGUGACAGAUCAAGAGCAAUUGGGAAUGCAAGCUUGGCUCGAAGCGUAUCAUAAUUCAGAUGUAUUGGAUUCAAGUUCGAUUUUAAAUUGUGGAAAUUUGGAGGCUCGGGCCGGUUCAAUACAAGCAGCAAUCAAUUUGGAAUUGCAAUCUUUUGAUUUGAAUUACAUUGACGUUAAAAUCGAAGGAUUGAAUGGUCAACUCCCCAAUCUUGAUUUAGUUAAUCUUGUUCAACGAAUUGCAGCAAAAGAAGGUUUCAUCAGUGGUCAUCGACAAUCAUCAAACAUUAAACGAAGCGGAGCCAAGAGCACAUGGGAAGAAAACUUUCAGCACAUGAUGUCGAUGGUGCUAACAAAAUCAACUGGGGUUGCAAACGGAAAUCAUGGCUUAUUUUACCGUUAUGCCAUUGAAGCAGUUACACUCGAAGGACACGCAAGAGAGCAAACAAACUAUCAACGACGAUCAAAUGGAGCAACGUCCAUCCUGAGAUUGAUCGAAGGAAUUACCCGUAGUGUCAAUAACUUGCUUGAACGUUUUCACCAAAGUUUCUUCUUCUACUUACUCGUGGCUAGCGACCGGUUUGUUUCGAUUGGAGACUACAUGCCCAGCUUGGGAUUGCUAGUUUCUGCGCUAUUGAUUAAAGCAUUUAUAACUUGGCUGAAUAUUAAUCAAAAAUCAAUUGUGGUUGACAAUGAAGAACGUAACGAAGACGAAGACAAAUCAAUACUUGACAAAGACGAUACCGAUCCAAAUGAGAAUGAUCUCAAAUUUAUUUCGGUUGCUAAAUUUUUGAUUAUCGCCCAUAUUUUCGGUGUCUUAGCAGCUUACCUACCAUUCAUUGGUUCACUUGAUUCAGCUUUCCAUCAAUACGGCAUUAAAACUGAAGUCCAUUUGUUCUUUACACUUUUGGUUUUAUCAUUAGUUAGUCUAACGGUACCACAAUUCUUCUCAUUUAGUGUGAAUAAUAUCGAGUUACUUCACGUUGCCAUUUUGCUGGAAGCAUCGACUGCAUUAAUCAUUGUUGGCAUGUUGAAUUUCUCCCUUGGAUUCCUUCUAUCCGCAUUCUUUGUGCCAUUUGCACUAUUCAUCAAUCCAAAAUCAGGCCUCUUAAGACGCAGACUUUCGCAAUUCAUGUGUCUCUUUAUGAAUCCUUUGAUGGCCGUAUACUUGAUAGUGUUCAUGCUAACAUGGUGGUCAUUUGGUGAACUCUCAAUCAUAGCACUCGCCAAACGAGCUUUCACGGCAACAUUGGAUGCUAUUACAUUUUCGAUUGUUGAUUCCAUCAUCUACAGCAAUUGGCUUUAUCCGCUGGUGUCGUUGAUAUUGUUCCCAAUUUGGAUAACAUAUUUUGGAAUUGUUUCCAUCAAACAGCAAUCAGAUCAUUCCAAAGAAAAGAAAUUGAAUUAAUCCAAUAUUUGAUUAGUACUUGUUCUGAUUUUGAACUAUGAAUAAAAGAAUAAAGUUAUGUUGAAACACA